AGGAUUAUAAUAACGCGUGUGACUGCUGAUAUAUCAUUAGCCAAACGCUCUGUGUUAAAUAACCCCAGUAAAAGAGCCAUAUUAGAAAGACCAAAUAGCAGAUCUUCUGGUUUAGUUGAAGUACAAGCUGAAAUUGAGAGGAUAUUUGAACUAGCUCGAACAUUACAACUGGUUGUUUUAGAUUGUGACACUAUUAAUCACCCUUCCCAACUGGCCAAGACUUCCUUGGCUCCUAUUGUAGUUUAUGUCAAAAUAGCAUCACCCAAG